AUGGCGGAACGCACAACUGCAGGGCUUCUAGAGUUGCCCACUGAGCUUCUGUUUAUCAUCGGAUCUUAUCUGCGUGACGAUGAGCUCGUAGGCAUCACCAAGACUUCAACCAGAUUGCGGCAGGUCUUUCUCCAUCGGCGAUAUGCGGCGAUCGAAUUCUCGGGCUCCGUGAAACAUAUCGCUGGGUGUUUUAUACCUCUAUUCUCAAAGGAUGCCGACAAAAUCUCGGUAGAUAUGAGAAAAUUGAUCCAAACCUUCACCAGAUUUGUCACCCUCAGAAUCUAUUAUCUUCCGGGUGUUAUUCAUUGGCCUUUGCGGUUUGCAGUGAACGACCUCGAGCAUUUCGGUAUUUUGCUUCGCUCAAUAGAUCGACUGUGUGGAGUGAGCAUUUCUGUAAGCUUCCCACGACAUCGGGACUGCAUUUCCUUCAACAAGGCCUUGCGCAAGACCGGGUCGUGGUCCAGCGACCCUACCAAGCUCUGCUCUCUUACCUUUUUGGAUAAUCCUGUGGACUUAAACUUCAAUGCGGUAUUUCGGCGUUUCUGGCCCAAGUCUCUCGGGGCCGUUCAGCUGCCUGGAGGGUUUAACCGAAAACAUUACGUGAAGUUGGAAAAGUCUCUUCAUGCCACAUAUCUUAAGGCCUUGCACGUUGACAGAACGGCCAAAAAUCAGAAGGCCCGGAACGUAAUCCCAAGUCUCGAUGACGACUUCCUGAGUGAAGUCAGAAGGGACUUUCCCCGACUUGAAUCCCUCAUCCUUCACGAAGAUACACCCAGUCUUACUAUUGAUCUUGAUUUUAGAUCUUGGCCGUUCGGGCUGGUCUGGUUUGACGAUCAAGCAGCCUUCGACCGAACCAUCGAUAAACUGGUUCGUCAGCUAAGCCUGAUGCCUGAACUCCGCCGCUAUGCCUUCACGCUAUGGUUUGUGAGACUUCAUGGUCAUCUCGUCCCACAUGACUGGGAGGACUAUAAAGGAACAUAUCGUCCUAAGACCAUGGUCGAAAUGGACAAUUUCUAUACCGAUAAGCUUGUGACGGUUAUCAUGACUCGAGUUCCCACUCUUGUGGAGCUCUGUGUCUCAUCUAACCACCCAAUCUUCUAUCGAGGAACUAGGUGUGAUGAUCAAAUCCAUGUUCAGCGAGAAUCUCGCGACAACCCCGGGGAGGAGAACCGCUUUCCCAGCCUCUUACUAGACCUUAACUAA